UCCGGGGCAGCCCCAAGGCUCCGCCCCGAGGAGGGUCGUUUGGGGAGGGCGGCGGGGCGCGGCGGUCGGCCUGGGCUUCCGCCGGGUAGAGCCCUGGGGAGAGGAGUCCGGACCGCGGUCGCGCCCGGCGCCAGGCGCUCCUGCUGCUCCCGCUUUCUCCCCGCUCCUUCUCGGCGCCGGGAAUUCUCCAGAGUUGUUUUUCCCUCUUCUCCUGGUCUAAACUGCCAUCCAAAUUAAUAACCCUCCUGAUAACCCGAUCUCCUGCUCCUCCCUACCCUCCUCCCUCCCGCCUUCGCUCCUUCCUUCCUCCGCGUCCCACCUCUUGGGUAAACCCGGCAAUUGCCUGGGCCCCGGGCUCCGACGAGCCCGGGGUAGGGCGGGGUGCAAGGGGUCGAGGUCUAAGGCGAUGGCUCCCCGGGCUUGAGCUCGUCCCGGGCGCCCAGAACUCGCGCGCUCCCCGCCGCGGCGCCGGUGGCAUCCCUAGCCCUCUCGUGCCCAAAUUAAAAGUCAGCGGGGAAAACUCGGGCAGACACCCCUCCUCUCCCAGGCCCCUCCCGCCCCAUGUCUUCUGGGGAGGCUGCCUGGUGCGGAGGCAGCGGUAGAGGCCGGAGCGGAGGCAAACUGUGGGUGAGCGUGCCUGCGGGGGACUUGGCUGUCGACCCUUCGGGAGCCGGGGAGGGGCAAGCCUCUGCGCCCCGCCAUCUCCUCCCGCUCCGGCACCGUCCCGGAGACCCCGCAGGGACGGUGGCCGGGCUCCCCGCUGACUGGCCGGGCAGGACGCGCGCCCCCCUCCGCCUCCCGCGCCGGCGGCCACCUGUCUUUGCCGCGCUGACCCUUCUCCCAUGACCCUGCGGUGCCUCGAGUCGUCCGGGAAUGGCGCGGAAGGGACGCGGAGCCAGUGGGGGAGCGCGGGCGCGGCGGAGGAGCCGCCCCCCGAGGCGGCGCGCCUGGCAAAGGCCCUGCGGGAACUCGGGCAAACAGGUUGGUACUGGGGAAGUAUGACUGUUAAUGAAGCCAAAGAGAAAUUAAAAGAGGCGCAAGAAGGAACUUUCUUGAUUAGAGAUAGUUCGCAUUCAGACUACCUACUAACAAUAUCUGUUAAAACGUCAGCUGGACCAACUAAUCUGCGGAUCGAGUACCAAGAUGGGAAGUUCAGAUUGGACUCUAUCAUAUGUGUCAAGUCCAAGCUUAAGCAGUUUGACAGUGUGGUUCAGCUGAUUGACUACUAUGUUCAGAUGUGCAAGGACAAGCGGACAGGCCCCGAAGCCCCCCGGAACGGCACUGUCCACCUUUACCUGACCAAACCACUCUACACGUCUGCACCACCGCUGCAGCAUCUCUGUAGACUGACCAUUAACAAAUGUACCAGCACCAUCCGGGGACUGCCUUUACCAACAAGACUCAAAGAUUACUUGGAAGAGUAUAAAUUCCAGGGAGAAAUGGAGGCUAGAGACAAGCAAGUGCUCCGUUCCCUGCGCCUGGAGCUGGGCGCAGAGGUCCUGGUGGAAGGAUUGGUUCUUCAGUAUUUGUACCAGGAAGGGGUCUUGACAGAAAGCCAUCUUCAAGAAAUCAGAGCGCAAGCCACAGGCUUUGGGAAAACAAUGCUGCUGCUGGACAUCCUACCCUCCAGGGGCCCUAAAGCUUUUGAUGCCUUCCUAGAUUCCCUGCAGGAUUUUCCCUGGGUCCGGGAGAAGCUGGAGAAGGCGAGAGCGGAAACCACAGUUGAGCUGCCUGCAGAUGACCACGUGGCUGGGAUCCCGGCUCAUGUCCUCAGCAGCUCACCAACAGACCGACAGAUUAACCAGCUGGCCCAGAGGCUGGGAGCAGAGUGGGAGCCAGUAGUGCUGGCUCUGGGACUGACGCAUACCGACAUCUACCGCUGCAAGGCCAACCACCCGCACAGUGUGCACGCACAGAUGGUGGAGGCCUUCGUCCGCUGGAGGCAGCGCUACGGCAAGCAGGCCACCUUCCAGAGCCUGCACCGUGGUCUCCAGGCCGUGGAGGCUGACCCCUCAUUGCUCCAGCACAUGCUAGAAUGAUGGUGCCCCUCCCCCCUUCGCCUCCUGGGGAGCAGGUCCCCAGGCCACAAAACAAUGGGAUAGAUACCUAGGGUGGGUAGGUGUUUGCAGUUUGCAGGUCUUUUUUAGUUUUUCCUGUGUUUCUGUGUUUCUGUGUGUGUGUGUGUGUGUGUGUGUGUGUGUGUGUGUGUGUGUUUCAUGAUCUUUAGAUAAAGGGAGAAAAUAGGAUUUCAACUUGAAAGCCCAAAUUACUCAGAUCUCCCACAUUAAUCUAAUAAUUCAUUGUUUUUAAUUACUGGAGGGUUGCAUUGUUUUCAUUGUACAAUUUUUAAUUGUGUAGCCCCUUUUUAGUAGAUCACAGUAGAUUUUUUUACAAUACUGUUGCUACAUUGCGUGCAGGUGUUUUAUAUGUAAAACAUCCCCUUUUAUGUUGCCUGGGAACUGACUUUGGUACUAAUGAUGCUGAUGGUAAUAAAAAGCGAAUCACUAUAUUUAACUUUCAUGAGAAAGUACUGUUUGUUCCCCAGCCCCAUUCUUGUAUUACACAGAUGAAGGGUAUAAAAUUACCGUAGUGGUCAAGACUGACCAUAGCAGGGAAAUGCUUACAUUUUUCAGUCAAGAUAAAUAGCUCAAACCAGUGUCUGAAUUUAAAACACGACCUCUCCUUCCAAAGGCCAGUUCAAGUAUUAGCAUGCGUACCUGAGCCCUUCAUCUCUUAAGAUUGCUUUAAAAACCUCAGCAGCCUCUUGUGAAAGGAUUGUGAAACAAUAAAGGGUGUGGUCUUUCCAUUCAAGCCAGAUGAUUAAAAUGUUGUGCUCCUAGGUGUCUGAUUUGUGUGUGUGUGUGUGUGUGUGUGUGUGUGUGUGUGUAUGUGUGUGUGUGGGCGGAGGGUUGGCCUUUUAUGAAUAAUAACAUGGUAUUUAAUAAAUGACUUACUGUUUUCAAAGAUUUUCUAUAAAUGAUCUGCGAAGUGAUUGGGCAAGACAAGUGAGCCUCCCUGUGUAGCAAAAUUCAGUGAUUUGCCUGAAGAAGGUGUGGGUCGAACUAAGUGUGUCUUUGGAGGCUCCUGGCAGCCAUUUGCUGCUAUUUAACGAGCUAGGUUAGAAGCUGGAGUUCAGCCCUGCUCGCCACCUCAUGACUGCAGCUCCUGAGUCACUGUACUUCACCUCUGUGAUGCCUCAGUUUCUUCAGGGAUAGAAUGAGGAAGUGAUUAUCCCCAGGUUCAAGAAUUUUAUGAUGAUUAAUGGAAGAAUGGCUGCCGAGAACUCACCCAAUGCCUGACCCUGGCUCAUCUCUCUGGAAAUGGUGCUGGUGAUUUUGCUACUGUGGCUCCAAAGACCCAAAUGAACAGUAAUUAAGACUGAGGAAGAAAUGCUUUUUCCAUAUUUCUUGCUCAGUGUUACAUGGUUUUGUUUACAUGACAACCCAUCCGGUCCAGGGAUGUGUAGACCCCAGUCAAAGAUCUGUCCUUUUCUAUAACUGGAAAAUAUGUUUCCUGAUCCCAGCUUAACUCUUGAUUUUUCAAAGGUGGGAAGGGGGUAAGGGAAUGGUCAUUUUUACCUUUCUCCUGUCUGAGUGUAGGUUAGCAGAGUGGUGGAGUUGAAUAUGAAGUGGGUCCUCACAAAAGGUGACAAUAGUGUCUUGACUCCAUCCUUUGAAACCUUUCCUAAACUGAAAAACACAGCCUUUCAUGGCUCAAUAAACCAUUCAGAAGUAUGAUCUAGUGCCCUUAUCAGCCCUAAUUUUCCUUUCUAUAGUCUAGCCACUAAUCAUGUAGUAAUUCGCAUAUCUUUGGUCACAUGACAGCCCAGUGAUUAAACUGAAGUUUGACUACUACUUCAGUUCUUCAGUAAGUUGCUUGCCUUUAUGAAUCUUGGGCCUGUUACUUUUCCGUUUCCCCCACUCCCUCCCGCCCCCAGCCUGGGUUUUGUGCAGACAGUGGCAUUGGCUAUUGUUCUCACCAUGUCCAGAUGAGCGGAUAGUCUGAGUGCCCUGUUGCAUUGGAAGAGAGGGCCCUGAGUCUGAUGGUUAGUGAGGUCGUCUUCCCACCAUGUGAAAGGAAUCUGUCACACACGAAGAAACUUCUGUGCUCUGUCAACAGUAGAACGACAACGAGUGGCAUGUGGGUCUGUGUUAAUCUGUGAAGCCGUAAGAGAGCUUAGCUUCUAGCCAUGAAAAGCAGGGUUUCUGAUCUCAAACAUGGCAGCUGAGUGGCGUUGGGCCUACUCAUGAUCUUUCAGACAAUUUGAAGAAUGGAUGAAUGAAGCAUCCACACCUCUCUACCUCAUUUCUGCCCUGUGGUAUCUUUUCCUACUCGAGAGAAUCAGUAGGUGAUGUUCCCUCGAGGAGUCCAUGUUCUUCUGCACACAAGAAGACUACAGUUGUGGAAAGUGCCUUCUCCUAACAAAGUGGCAGAUGAGAGCGCUGAGCUGGCAGAGCCUUUGCAGAUGCUGAAUAAUGACAAAAAUACGUCUUGCUUCACUUUGAUUUGGUGCGUGUGUUUGCAUGUGUGCAGAUGUGCAUGCUUAUGUGCAUGUAUGAGCAUACUGUUUUACUCAGUUUUAUCAAUAUAAAAAUGGCGUGUUUUAAAGCAACCUCUGUUGGAGAGGAUGUGGGGAGAAAGGGACCCUUCUACACUGCUGGUGGGAAUGCCGACUAGUUCAGCCCUUUUGGAAAACAAUAUGGACGAUUCUCAAAAAACUAGAGGUUGAGCUCCCAUUUGACCCAGCAAUACCACUGCUGGGAAUAUAUCCCAGAAAAGCCAAAAAGUAUAGUCGAAAUGACAUCUGCACUUAUAUGUUCAUCGCAGCACUGUUUACAAUAGCCAGAAUCUGGAAAAAACCUGAGUGCCCUAGAACAGAUGACUGGUUGAAGAAACUCUGGUACAUCCAUACAAUGGAAUAUUAUGCAGCUGUUAGAAAAAAUGAGGUCAUGACGUUUGCAUAUAAGUGGAUCAGCAUGGAAAGUAUCAUCCUAAGUGAAAUGAAUCAGAGAGAGACAGACAUAGAAAGAUUGCACUCAUCUGUGGAAUAUAGAAUAAUAGACUAUAAGACUAACACCCAAGAAUAGUAGAAAUAAGUACCAGGAGGUUGUCUCCAGGGCUUGGAGGCUGGUCUCUCAUUCUGGACAACUCAGAGAAGGGAACACCAAGUAAAAUGUGGUCGGAGGCCAUGUGGGGGAAGGGUGAUGCGGGCCGAAUAUAGACUAGAGACUGAACACAAUGGCCACUCAAUACCUUUAUUGCAAACCACAACACCUAAUCAGAGAGAGAGAACAAAAGGGAA